UCUCCUCAACGUCACCAGUCAGUGGUUUUUCGGGUUGAUCGGACUUCUUUUGGCUGCCGUGAGUUCACUGUAUUGUAAAGGGUACUGUGAAUCCUAGAGGAGGAGGGGAGGGGGGGUCGAUUUGCCAAAAAAUCUCCCGCUUGGGUACACAUCCGGAGUCUCGACGAUCAUAAUUCAUCGCACCUUUUACCUUUUAAGGGACCGAGUUUUAUUGUUUUUAUUAAUUUAUUCUAUUUCUCUUAGUUUAUGGUUUACGUUAACACUCCGGGAGGGCAGAAAUGGCGGCCAACAUGUACCGGGUCGGAGAUUAUGUAUUCUUUGAGAACUCGUCCAGUAACCCUUACCUGAUCCGGCGGAUAGAAGAACUCAACAAGACGGCCAGCGGGAAUGUGGAGGCCAAGGUGGUUUGUUUCUACAGAAGGAGAGACAUCUCCCACAGCCUCAUCCAGCUCGCAGACAAACAUGCAAAGGAGUUGGAAGAAGAGAAGGAGAGCCCGAUAGAGACAGACCUCACAGACAAACAGAAACACCAGCUUCGCCACAGAGAGCUCUUCCUCUCCCGGCAGUAUGAGAGUCUGCCUGCGACACACAUCAGGGGGAAGUGCAGUGUCGCAUUAUUAAAUGAGACUGAAGCCGUUCUUUCAUACCUUGACAAAGAGGACACGUUCUUCUACUCGCUGGUGUACGACCCCACACAGAAGACCCUGCUGGCCGACAAAGGAGAGAUCAGAGUGGGGCCGCGCUUUCAGGCAGACGUACCUGAAAUGCUACAAGAGGGAGAGGCCGAUGACAGGGACCAGUCCAAGCUGGAAGAGAAGCUGUGGUAUCCAGAGUGUCCGCUCUCCAGCAAACAGAUAGACCAAUUUCUAGUGGUGGCACGGGCGGUUGGGACCUUUGCUCGAGCGUUGGACUGCAGCAGCUCAGUCCGACAGCCGAGCUUACACAUGAGUGCAGCUGCAGCCUCACGAGAUAUCACACUGUUCCAUGCGAUGGACACGCUGCAUCGUCAUAAUUACGACCUGUCCAGUGCGCUGAGUGUGCUGGUCCCAGCAGGCGGCCCCGUGCUCUGCAGGGACGAGAUGGAGGAGUGGAGCGCCUCGGAAGCCGCCAUGUUCGAGGAGGCACUAGAGAAAUACGGAAAAGACUUCAACGACAUCCGACAAGACUUUCUGCCAUGGAAGUCUCUGACUAGUAUCAUAGAGUACUACUACAUGUGGAAGACCACAGACAGAUAUGUGCAACAGAAGAGACUCAAGGCAGCAGAGGCAGAGAGCAAACUGAAGCAGGUUUAUAUCCCCACAUAUAACAAGCCCAACCCCAACCAGAUCUCUAUGACCAAUGGCAAGAUGGCGACGGUGAAUGGAGCGGGCCCCGGGGCCUACCAUGCAGCAGGCGGGGGCCGAGCCUGCGAGAGCUGCUAUAGCAUGCAGUCGGCCCAAUGGUACUCAUGGGGGCCACCAAACAUGCAGUGCCGCCUUUGCGUUUCCUGCUGGAUGUACUGGAAGAAGUACGGAGGCCUGAAGAUGCCAAGCAGAGCAGAGGGCCCAGAGGAGAGGACCUCGCCUGUUCCAGCAACCAAUGAGCCUCGCUCACGGGGCCACGCUCCUCGCCAGUCCAACCACAUGGUGCCGAUGCGAAACAGCGGCAGCCCGAAGUCCUCCAUGAAGACCAAGCAGGCUUUCCUGCUGCAGGCCACCCGCCUCACCAAGCUGGCCCGGCACAUGUGCCGUGACAUCAUCAGGCUGCGCCGCGCUGCGCGCCGGCCCUUUGUCCCCAUUAACUGUGGGUCCAUAAAGGCAGAGUACAUGUUAAGGGUGUCGGAAGGGCAGGGGACUCGCCUACCCAAAACCAGAGCCCCCCAAAGGAGCACUCUGACCAGUGUUGUACAGUUUCUAGAGUCUCGUCCAGCACCCCACGCACCUCGCUCCCACCGCACCCCGGGCCUGCAGACGCCUCCCCCUCGACGCCUCCUCUCUUCUCUCCCGCACGGCCCCCACGGCAUGCUGGGAAAACGCAGCUACCAUCACCACAGCAGGGCUGAGCCGGACAGACGCUCAGAUAACCCUGGUACAACAGGUGGACCCCUCCUGCAUAACGGCCGCAGCAGUAGCAGUGGAAACACCCGAGGUGGCGUCAUGGUCCGCAAGAGACGCCCCAACUGGAUCGAUGCCCCCGAUGACAGCUUCUUCCUUGUCACCCGGGACACCAGGAGGGCCAGGCGGCUGCUGUCCCGCUCCCAGCUGAGGCACGCUUGUCGGCAGCCAUGCGAGCAGAUCACCCUGCGCAGGGUCACCCAGGCCCCGCCGCAGGGGCUCGUCCUUGCCCCUCCGCACCCUCACCCCAGCUUGAGGAUGCGAGGCCCCAUCGUCAUCCACGACUGACCGCGCGCGGAUCCUCUGACACCCCUGCUGCAUACUAACGAAUACAUUCUCACCCCCUGUUCUUUCAUUAGAUUCCUUAAAAUGCUGUUAUAAUCCAGAACACUUAAACAAGCCGUCUCUCAACUGUUUGGCAACAGAAGGAUGUCCCCAGCUGUGAUGCAAUAGAAACAUGCACCUGACCUGACUGCAAGUGCUGCCUGUCUGUAAUCCUGGGAUUGUGUAAAUACUGUAUUUGGGUGCAUGCGAGUGUGUGGAAGAGAGAGAUAGUGUGUGUGUGUGUGUGUGUGUGUGUGUGUGUGUGUGUGUGUGUGUGUGUGUGUGAGAUAAUGCCAACAACACAUGAGAGAACGAGUGGAUGUUGACGUGUGCUGUUCUUAGUUUUUAUGGAUGGACAUAACAACAGAUUUUUGUGCGACUUUCUUUUGUGUUGAUGGUGAAUUGUUGUGAAGUUUUAUCAGAUUGUAUAAAGUUAUUUUGGGUGGGGGCAUGGGGCUGGAUUACUUUGGGGUAGAGGGUGGGAUUGCAUUUGUGGGGACUCUUUCAACAUUGGAGAAGAAGGCAAAUGUCCAACGCUGACGUUAAAAAGAAAAUGCACUAUCAACUGAACGAGCAGCCUUUUUUUUUUUUUCUUCAGCUGCAUUGAAUUGCGUUGUACCUGCAGGUUUUCACGCUCUUGUUGAGGUUUAAAUCAAUGAGCUGGAGCCGGUGUUGAGGAAUGAUGACCUGGAGACAUUGUUUCACAAAAUAACUCCAAAAAGCUGUCAGUCAUUCAUGAGAAAUCUGCAGGUCUGAAAAUAUAACAAGGCAAAGAAAUAGAGAGCCAGCUCACAUCAAACAGCGUACGCCUCCCUCCUGAACCAGUGUAUAAUAUAUUGUAUAUCUCAUUAAAGCACUGUAAAUCUACUCAUCCUAUUUCUAUGGCCGACUGUACCUACCUAGCCCUAACAUGGGAACUAAAGCACUUCCUUUGCAACAGAGAGGGGCAUGGAUCUGUCAUAUUUUCCUCAAGGCAGUGAUGUACCGGCAACAUUUUGAGGCAAAAAGGAAAAAAGAAAAGAGCACCUUUGCCAGCAGUUGUUUGCUGUAUAUUUCUUCAUUGUUUCUUAAUAACAACAGUCAAGUUUCUCCUGUUUUCAGGUCCUCUCUCUCUCUCUCUCUCUCUCUCUCUCUCGAUGCUGCAUGUUGCCAGAGGGCGUUGCCUCAGAAAGUUGCUGGUGAACCUAUCCUGCCUUCAGGUGUGUUUAAUUAUGGGUUUUUAAAAACUGGCAUCGCCGCCGCAUGUCUUUGAGGUGAGAGCCUCCGCCGAUGAUUUCUUCUCUUUCAUUCAGAAUGUUUAUGUUAGUGUUUCCUGUAUGUCUUGUGUUGAAUUAUGAAUAUGCUGAAAAUAAAUAAUAAAAACAUUGCAGGAUUAUGAUGUCCACUCUCGGGAGUCAUUUCGUGGUGUUACAUCCAGACAGGCGGCCCUGUCUCCCAGCCACCUACUCCGUCUCUCUGCCUCUUUUGGUUUUGCUCUUGAGGGGGUGGUGAUGAUAGAUGGAUAGAUGGGGAGGCCUGGUACACACUGUGGCCUGUGUGAUGGUGUUGUAAAAUACCCCCAACAAAUUAUGGUAAUUUGACCCAGUGAGGAGGAAUGAGGAGUGCUCUCAGGAUACAAAUCAUGUUCCGGGAAGCUUGCCUCGAGGUUCUUCGCUGUAUGUGCUUUGUCUUUUACUGCAGCAUUUAGAAACACGACCACAGUCCACUGUUGCAACUGCUGUGUGUUUUUAGUUUCCACCAUAUUUUCUAUACUGUUUGUGGUUUCCCCUGAAGGUGAAAGAGCGUAAAUUACAUUAUUUAGAUUAAACACGACAUGUUCUAAUUGGAUUUGUCUUAAUAUGCAUGUGGGACUGCAGGGGAUUAGAACAAAGCAGAUUUAACAUGCUCGUCAUGUCAUCCCUUUGUAAUGUAAUGGCUAUAUAGUGGCCAAAGGUAUGUGGACAACUAUAUAUAUAUAUAUGUGAUUGUUGAGUAUGUCCAAAAUGGGCUUUAAUAUACUGCUUUUCAGAAGAUUUUUUUCUGCAGGGGUUUACUCCCAUUCAGAGAGGAUGUGUGAGCUCGGGCACAGAUGUUGUUCGGUUCAUCUCAAAGGUGUUGGACGGGGUUGAGAUCCGGGAUCUGUGCAGGCAAGUCAAGUUCACACACCCAAGGAAAGUGAGUGUCCUCUCGACUUUGUGGUAAAACCGUUUCUUUAUGAUGGGAAAGUAUCUCCCCCA